AUGGCAGAUGAAGAUGUUAAUGGUGAUUCCGAUGAAGUGCAGCAGGAAAAGUCACAAAAGAAAGUCGCUAAGUAUGACAGCGGGGCUGCGGAUUUAGAAAGAGUCACUGAUUACGCUGAGGAAAAAGAAAUUUCCUCGUCUGAUGGUUUCUCGUGUGCGCUGAGUAUAAUUGGUGACAGGCGUAAUAAAGAACAAGCCGAGAAAAAAGCCAAGGAAAGAGAAUUACUGAAAGUUUCUAUCAAAAAAGAAGAUGUUGAUUUAAUUAUGAAAGAAUUGGAAAUAAGUCGGACUAGAGCUGAAAGAACCUUACGAGAACACCGAGGCAAUAUCGUCGAAGCUUUGGUGACGCUGACCAACUAA